GGCCGGGCGGGCGGACGGGCGGAGGGGCCUGGCUCCCGUCUGUGUCGCCCCCUGGGAAAUGGCUCGGGACCCCGGCACGUGCCCCCGGGGUCCGACGCCAGGGAGGGCGGUCCCCACCGGGUUCCUCCGCCCCAGGGCGAGUCCGCGGGUUUGGGGGCCGGGGCUCGCCGCCCGCGCAGCCCAGAGAGACAAGCAGGAGCCAGUUAUCGCGGUGCCCUCGGGGCGACCGGGUUCGGGGAGUGCGGAGUCUGCCAGGCCCUCCAUCCUGCCGUCCUUCUUCACGGACUGCAUCAAGCCCAUGAAGGUAGAGAAGAAGCUGGGACGUGGCGUGGCCAAGAUCCACAUUGAAGAUGACGGGACUUACUUCCAAGUGAGUCAGGACGGAGGGACACGGAAGCUGGAAAGGGCCAAAAUCUCACUGGACGACUGUCUGGCUUGCAGUGGCUGUGUCACCUCAGCAGAGACCGUGCUCAUCACUCAGCAGAGCCAUGAGGAGCUGCGGAAGAUUCUAGAUGCCAAUAAGACAGCAGCUCCUGGUCAGCAGAAGCUGGUUGUCAUUUCAGUCUCACCUCAGUCCAGUGCAUCGCUGGCUGCAAGAUUUCAGUUGAAUCCUACAGACACCGCCAAGAAGUUAACUGCAUUCUUUAAAAAACUAGGGGCGCACUACGUGUUUGAUACCGCCUUCUCGAGGAACUUCAGUCUCCUGGAGAGCCAGCGAGAGUUUGUGCGGCGAUUCCGAGAACAGGCCAGCUCCAAGCAGGCCUUGCCCAUGCUGGCGUCUGCCUGCCCAGGCUGGAUCUGCUAUGCCGAGAAGACCCAUGGGAGCGCCAUCAUCCCCUACAUCAGCACCGCCAAGUCCCCACAGCAGGUCAUGGGCUCCCUGGUCAAGGACUUCUUCGCCCAGCAGCAGCAUGUGACUCCAGACAAGAUCCACCACGUGACAGUGAUGCCCUGCUAUGACAAGAAGCUGGAAGCGUCCAGACCUGACUUUUUUAGCCAGGAACACCAGACGCGAGAUGUGGAUUGUGUCAUCACGACAGGAGAAGUUUUCAAGUUGCUGGAAGAAGAAGGGGUCUCACUGUCAGAACUGGAGCCAGCCCCCCUGGACAGUGUGUUCAGCAGCGUGUCUGUUCAGGAGCCCACCAGCCAUCGAGGUGGGGGCUCUGGGGGAUACCUGGAGCACGUGUUCCGGCAUGCAGCCCAAGAGCUCUUUGGAAUCCACGUAGAUGAGGUCACCUACAAACCCCUGAGGAACAAAGAUUUCCAGGAGGUGACGCUGGAGAGUGAGGGCCGAGUCCUGCUGCACUUCGCUGCGGCCUACGGCUUUCGUAACAUCCAGAACCUGGUGCAGAAGCUCAAGCGAGGGCGCUGCCCAUAUCAUUAUGUGGAGGUCAUGGCCUGCCCUUCAGGUUGCUUGAACGGCGGAGGCCAGCUCAAGGCCCCCGAGAUGCCCGGCAAGGAGCUCCUCCAGCAUGUGGAGAGGCUGUACAGCAUGGUCAGGACGGAGGCACCAGAGGAUGUGCCUGGGGUCCAGGAGCUGUACGAGCACUGGCUGCACGGCAAGGACUCAGAGCGUGCUAGCUGCCUGUUGCACACGAGCUACCAUGCAGUGGAGAAGGCCAGCUCUGGACUCAGCAUCAGGUGGUAGGAGGGCUCACCAUAGCCAGUGCCAGGACCUCAGGACCCAGGGCUUGCCCCCAAAAUGGUGGGUGAGCUGCGAGGAUGUACUAGAACCUACAUAGAGAUGGGACUCAGGACCCACAGCCAGUAAAGAUGACUUCCAGCCUGGACUCUCCAGCGCAGGCCACAGUGUCCAUAGGGUACUGGCACCUCUCCACAGGCCCAUGUCUACGGGCAGUGCCCUUGCUCUUGCUGGUUGUGUUGAGCCAAGUGUGUGAAGGUUUCAGCCAGUCCCAUGAGGAGCUUAAGGCAGAGUAAAAGUGGGGUUCCACCUGGCCCAUGUGGCUCAGCUGUUGAGCAUUGACCUAUGAACCAGGUGAUUAUGGUUUGAUUCCGGUCAGGGCACAUGCCCAGGUUGCAGUAUCGAUCCCCAGUAAGGGGUGUGCAGGAGGCAGCAAA